AGGUUGCUGUUCAACAAUGAUCUCGAUGUUUGAUGGAAAUUUGGCUGCUUUGAUUCUCCUUAGUACAGUAUACCUGAUUCAGCCUGCAGAGGUUCCUCACUACCUGUCUUUGACUGUGGCUGAACUUGGUGGGAAUGUUACUCUGCAAUGUCCAGUUCCUAAGGAGGAAGGCAAAUUCUUUCAUUGGUAUAAGCAGUCUGUUGGACAUAUGGUCCAAAGAGUCGCUGCCGUAAUUCUUGGCUCAAUGACAGUCAGUGAACCUAUUAACCCCCGUUUUACAAUAAUAAAAGCAGGUCGUCAGUAUCGUCUAACCAUCAGAAAUGUCAGCAAAGAGGAUGAAGCAACAUACUUCUGUCAACAUGGAGUUGCAUAUUCACAGAGUUUUGUUAAUGGCAUUUUCUUGGCUGUUAAUGAUCCUGAUCAGCAGAAAUCUGUCAAUGUGAAGCAAAGUCAAGAGACGGCAUCAGUCCAGCCGGGAGACUCAGUGACUCUCAAGUGUUCACUUCGCUCCAAGAACAAAGCCCGGUGUCCAGGUGAACCCAGUGUGUACUGGUUCAGAGCUGCAUCAGGAGAAUCUCAUCCGGCCAUGAUUUACACUAACAGCAGUUAUGAAGAAGAGGAAAGAAACUGUGUCUACAGUCUGUCUAAAACUAUAAGAGACUCCUCUGAUACUGGGACUUACUACUGCACGGUGGCCACAUGUGGACAGAUCCUGUUUGGUGAAGGAACUAAAGUGGAGAUAAAAUCAGAAUUAGACCCAGUUUACCUCGUGCUCGGAGUGCUGCUUGCCUGCUGUGUGACUGUGAUUGUCAUCCUGAUUUUCUAUGUAAAGCGAAGCAGAAUUUGUGAAUUUUGCAAAGAAUACACAAUAUUUCAAAGGUUCUGA